AUUUCACCUCCCUUGUACCCUUUCUUCAAUAUGGCAACAGAAGUUUGGCAAAAGCCAAUUGUGCUUCACAUUGGGGACCCUGUGAAGUGGAAUACGGAACUCUACGCUCGAUUCUCCAAAGACUUCACCGUUGUCCGUCCUUCUUUCGAAGAGAGACAACGAGAUCAAUUCAUGAAGUCAUUGAAGGAGAAGAAGUGGGGGAAUUUUGCUGCAAUAUUUAGACCCUUUUGGAACACGGGAGGGGAAAUGGGAAAUUGGGACAAGGAACUCAUUCCUCUAAUCCCACAAUCUUGUAAGAUAUUUGCGUCUGCUGGAGCCGGGUUCGACUGGGUUAAUGUUAAUAUUCUGGCACAAAGAGGAAUCGUAUACUGCAACGGCGCCGCUGCAUCCUCGGAAUCCGUCUCCGACUUCGCCCUAUUCCACAUCCUAGCAACAUUCCGGAACCUACACUGGUGCACAUCAUCCGCACGGGACUCCCCAGCUGCUUUCCAAGACUGCCACCAACACGCCGCAGCCUUAUCCCAAAAUCCCCACGGCCACACCCUGGGCAUCAUCGGCCUGGGUAAUAUCGGCUUCGAGAUAGCUCGGAAAGCGUACCUCGCGUUCCACAUGAAGAUCAUCUACUACGACGUGCUCCGGAAACCCAACACGCGCGAAGCAGAAAUCGAUGCACGGUUUGUGUCCUCGCUCGAUGAGAUGCUAGGGAUAAGCGACUGUGUGGUUAUCUCGACGCCGGCGAGUCCGGAUGGGAAGAAGCUUAUUACGAAGGAGAGGCUGGAUAAGAUGAAGGUUGGGAGCAGGUUGGUGAAUAUUGCGAGGGGGAGUUUGGUGGAUGAGGAGGCUGUUGCGGAUGCGGUUGAGGAGGGGAGGUUGGUGGGUGUUGGGAUGGAUGUGCAUGAGAAUGAGCCGAUGGUUAAUGAGAGGUUGAAGGCGUUUAAACAGGUUACGCUUACGGCGCAUAAUGCGGGGGGAACGCUGCAGACGCAUAUCGGGUUUGAGGAGUUGGCGAUGAGGAACAUUGAUGCGCUGUUGAAGGGACAGAAGCCGUUGACGCCGGUUAAUAUGCAUUUGAUGAUCUCAGCCGUCAAGCCGAAUCUAUGA